UAUAGAGCUUCAACCAUGGCUACAACACCUCAAAUGUUGGCUACUCAGUUCAUAAUUCUCUCACUUCUAUUUUCUUUUGCCCUAAUUCUUGUCCAAGGAGAAGAUCAAGAUUUUGUUAGAGCCUUGGACCGCAAGCUUCUGGGUCUCAAGAAAGAGAAGUUCAGCCACUUUAAGAUGUACUGGCAUGAUAUUUACAGCGGUAAAAAUCCAAGUGCAGUAGGAGUGGUGAAUCCACCCAUCAAUUCAUCAACCCUAUUUGGUUCUGUUAGCAUGAUUGAUGAUCCUCUCACUGAAGGCCCUGAGUCGAGCUCAAAAUUGCUCGGAAAGGCUCAAGGGUUCUAUGCGUCUGCCUCACAGAAAGAAGUUGGCCUGCUGAUGGCCAUGAAUUUUCACUUUAACCAAGGGAAGUACAAUGGCAGCACUAUAACGAUUCUAGGAAGGAACCAGGUGUUCAACAAGGUGAGGGAGAUGCCUGUCAUUGGAGGCAGUGGGCUUUUCAGGUUUGCAAGAGGUUAUGUUCAAGCAAGUACUCAUACAUUCAAUCCAACCACAGGAGAUGCCGUUGUUGAGUAUAAUAUCUAUGUGCUGCAUUAUUGAUGAAGGUCUUUUUUUUCUUUUUUUCUUGAUGGCUUUUGCUUUGUUCCUUUUUUUAUUUGGAGGUUGUAGAUUCUAAAUAUGUUGGCCACCCACCAUUUCAUUUCUUUUCAUUUUAGCGGGCGUGGUUGAGUUUACUUUAUCAAGUAUUGGCCGGCUAUAUGCAUUUGGUUGGUGUCAAUAACUCCACAGAGGACGGAUAAAUGAAAAUAAAAUAAAUUAUGGUUCA